GCAUGUCUACCAUUUACAAAGCACAAGUCAGCACUGAUGGAAUGCUCCCCACUUGCCUGGAUGGGUGCAGCUCCAACAACACUCAAGCUAGGACAAAGCAUCCGACUUAUUGACAUCCCAUCCACAAGCAUCCAUUCCUAGAAUUCCCUCCUCAAGGGCAUUGUGGGUCAAAUUACAGUUCAUGGACUGCUGUACUUCACGAAGGCAACUCAUGAUUACCUUUUCAAGGAAAACAGGGAUGGGCCAUAAAUGCUGAUCAAUCAGUGACACCCACAUCCCACAUACUCUAAUCUCAACAGUUAAGUGUGGACUCAGAUUACAAUCUCCCACUAUUUGGAUUGCAUCUCCCCACACAGGAGCAUAGAUGUAGUCAAACUGUGUUGAGCUGCAGACCUCCAGCAUUUGAUGUCCUCAGAAACUUUAAUAAGAGCAAUUGCCACUUUCUCGAUCAAGAAUGUUUGUCACUGUUAGGUACGGAGCAGGUCAGAUGUUGAUUCUCAAUCACUUCUGUCGAAUUGUGAACUUCAUAGAACAUAUCAAACAGAUGUGCGUGUGUGACACUAAAGCUUGCGUCGAUCUGAUUGAUGAGUCUGGGAACUUGAUGAAUCUCAGCCUGCAACAAAACUCCCUGCAAUGUGUCAACAACAUCCUGAAGGAACGUGGGAAAUAUAUUCUCAUCAAAGUGAUUAAACAAGAUGAUUCAGACACCAUCAUCUAUGAAUCCAUGUUGAAGAACAUCGAGCAUUGUCAUCCUGCAGUAGCAGAGCAGCUGCGCAAGUUGUCCAAUCCCAAGGCCAAGGACAAGAAAGAGCAAGCACCGAAGAAAUCCCGAUUCACCAAGGAGGUUAUUCCUAACACCCCAUUCAAAAGCAAGUCAGCCUUCGGGAUUAAAAAGAACCCCAGCUUCACACAGAAAACUUUAUGAAACCAAUGGAAACUGUUCAAGAAUAAAAACCAGUAUCCAAACUUGGUUACACAUUUUGAA